ACUAAAGAAGACAACAACAAAUGGCAGGAGAAUUGUUGUGCACAGAACUAUUAUUCUAUUAGGAUAAAAAAUUAGAAAAAUAAUUUUUUUUGGUGAAAAUUCAAAUAAAUUUUAAAUAAAAAUUAUUAUAUCUAUAAAUUAAAAAUAAAGUGAACAUUAAAAUUUAAAUAGUUUCAUUCACAAAAUUCAUAAAAACCAUAGAAAAAUCAAUUAAAAUUUACGAGACAAAUUAAGAGUAUUUUCUUUUUACAACAAAUCGUUUUUUUCCCCAACGUAAUCACAACGGCAGCGACGACCGUGUUAGAAUUUAGGAAAAAGUGUUUGGACACCGGUUCAUAAACAUGUCUAUAGCAAAAUUAUUUAUAAAAAUAUUUGGUGAAGAUAUAUUUGAAAAGUUAACUGAACCACAAGAUCCAUUAGAACAACAGGAGUCAUCUCAACAACAGGAUGUUGUUGAACCGCAAGAAAUGGAAAAAGAAGCAGCAGGGGCUGCUGAUAAGGUCAACAUAAGUUCAGUGGCCUCACAAAAGCCACGCACCGAAGACAUGUGUUUGCCGGAUCAUUUGUCCUUUUGCAGGCAAAUGGUAUUGGUGAAGUCCUGGCUAAAGGAAAAAUUGGAUGGCAUCGAGGUUAAAUGUAAGGAGGAUGUACUAAAGCAACAAUUGGAAAUGCGGUCAAGGUUGGGACCAGAAUUGGUUAUAUUUGAUAUUGAUUUUUCCUCAACGGUGCGCAUAGCCAAUGAUAGAUUAUCGGUCAGGUCGCAGGGUAGUUUCAAUACCAUCAAAGCAAAUGUUUGCGUCUAUGGGGAAAGGUGGAUGUAUGAGUUACAAUUGCACAGCAAAGGAGUGAUGCAAGUUGGUUGGUGUUCCAGCAAAUGUAUAUUCAAUGAAAACAGUGGAGUGGGUGAUUCAAAACUAAGUUAUGGUUAUGAUGGCAGUAAACAACAAAGUUGGCACAUCGCUACGACAAAAUACGGUGAGAAAUGGCAAAUUGGUGAUAUUAUUGGUGUAACCAUAGAUGUAGACAAAGAAUUGAUAGAAUUCUAUCGCAAUGGCAAAUCCAUGGGUCCGGCCUUUGAAAAACUUGAAAAAGGACCAAAUAUAAGUUUUUUUCCAGCCAUAUCAUUGGGCUACAAUCAGGGGGUACAGGCAAAUUUUGGUAAUGCCCCCUUUAAGUAUCCCGUACCGGGUUAUAUGCCCUUAAUGGCUAAACCUUUGAUAUGUUUAGAAAAAGCCAAUUUGCUAUUGGAGUAUUUACAAAAUUUAGCCUUAGUAGUGGCACGUCAUAAUUGUGAAAUGAGAAAAAGGCCUAAGGAUGAUAAAUUAUCAACAAAGAAAACGGUAUAUGUGGUGUUUUGUACUCUACUGAUAGAUAAGCUGACACCGUUGCUGUUUAAUACCUAUGUCAUCGAAGAUAAACUAUUACCUUUAAUAGGACAAAUGUGCAAUAUGAAAAAUGAAACUGAUUCGAUAUUACCCGGUCAUGCGGAAAGUAUUUUGGGUGCUUUAUUGAAUAUAUUUUGGAAUUAUUUAGAAGUGGAUGAAAUGAAGUUUCUUUUAAAGAAAUUAGCCAAUGCUAUGCUUAGUAAUUUUACACAUACCAAUAAGGGUUUGGACUAUGAGCAGCAGCGUCAUGCCUUACAGAUCUUAAUAUGUCUGUGUAAUCAUACACGUACUAGGAAAACCUAUUUGGAACAUAAGUUUUUCAAAAAACAUUAUUUGGCUUUAUUGAUGUAUAUACGUCCUCCGGAGUUUAAUUAUAUGCAAAAUUUAAUACCCAAUCAUAUGGCCUGGACAGAGGGUAUUGGUGGUCCGAAAAGUAAAUAUAUGUCGGUUGUAGAGAAAAUAGCCAAGUCUACGGAUUUCUUAUAUGCCUUACAAAAGACUCUAUUACUAACCUUACUCACGAAUAAUGAUGGUGAUGAUAAAACGCCCUCUUCACGUAAAUUGUUUUUAGCUAAACUACGUAGAUAUGUUAUGGAUUUGUCCAUGGAACAAAGGCCUUUUCAUUCUUUUUUCUUUAUGCAAUCGAGUAUUUUACAUCCCAUUGAGAAUACAGUGGCCUUAGCUUUUAUUGGCAUUCUGGUGGAUGUUACCAAGACCACCUUUGACAAGGAAAUGCCUGGCAAUGAUAUAGAAAUUAAACCCAAAUACUUUUAUGAUGGCAGUUUUGAGUAUCAACAUUAUGAUCGUGUGGGUGGGGUAUUGUCUCACUUACGCAAAGUUCAUCGUCAAGAAAUACAACAGUAUUUGGGUACGGAAAGAACCCAAGAGCUAAUAGAAGAUGAUCGGGUUAUUGUAAGAGUAGCAGAAUUGACUGCUGAUACUAUAAAUAAUAUUUCCAUUAUAGGUCGUCCUGCUGGCAAUUCGGCCACUUUUACUUCUUUUAUAAAUCCCCGGGUGAAUAAUACAUUAGAAAUAACUGCCGGCAAUAGUGACAACGAAUCUUCUUUAUUUCAAUUAUUGGAUUUAUGUGUUUUAUAUUAUUAUUGUGUGGGACAUAAAUACAUUGUUAAGAUUGCUUCGGUACGCGAUGAAAUAGCUGCCUUAAAUGAUGUUCUUUUAGAAACCAAAUAUUAUCGUGAAGAUGUUGAAAAGAAACUGCAAGCUUUAGAAGAUCAUGCCAGUGUUUGUAUGAAUGAUCAGCAUUCUCAUGUGGUUUCAGAGUUAAGAACUAAAUUUAGUCAGAGGGAAAAUGUUUUUGCGAAACGUUCGAUUGAUUUGGCUCGUAAACAAGCCUGGUUUAGAGCUGUAGCUUUGGGUCAGAAAAAACGUUUAUUGUUAAUUUGGUUAUUGGAGAAAACUUUAAGGACCUUAAAUGCUUCUUCCCAUCAAGGUAAUUUAUUUUCCUUUGUACCCGAAGUUUAUAUCAACAUAUUACCCAUACUGCUGGAUACAGUAAUGGAUUUUAGUAAUCACGAUUUGGUAGUACAAUUUGAGGUACAAGAUUCGGAAUGUGUUAUAAGUAUGGUGGCCGAUUUCUUAAGUGUACACUCAGCAGAUCCACGCAUUAUUUUGGCUUCAUGUAAAGAUUCUUUACUACAAGCUUUGGGUACAUUAACAUGUCAUCGAUCGGGUAUAAGGGCAUUGGAAAAAGCACCCAAAAAAAGUCAAUUAGCUUUAGUAAAAGCCUUAUUGCGGCCUUAUGAAAAUCGUGCCUGGGGUCAAAGUAACUGGUUACUUUUACGCUUCUGGUUGGGUGAUGGUUUUGCUUAUAGUGAUGCCCGCCAACCAUGUGUUUGGCAGGGUGGUAAUUCACCUUUGCAAAUUGGUCUUUGUCGUUCACGUGCCAAAAAUGAGACGCAUACAGGAUUGCUGCAUAAUAUAGCACCAGCAAAUCCCUCUAAACACUUUCAACAGCUAAUAGGAGCCAAACUAAUAGAAGAUGAACCAUUUGCAACGGCCUUUUUGAAUUCGGUCUUAAGUCAAUUAAAUUGGGCCUUUUCCGAGUUUAUAUUACUUUUACAAGAGAUACAAAAUACUGCUCAUCGCCAGGAGAAUACAGUUUUUGAACCAAAACAAUUGAAGAUUUGUUCAAUGUGUUUUGAGUUGACUGUCUCUUUGAUGCGCUGUUUAGAAAUGAUUAUUUCCGUAGCUCCCGAUAUAUUUCAUGAUCAAUGCCGUCCUAAUAGUGAUUUGGUUUUGAAUCGUGUUUGUCAACUUAUCAGUCAGGUUUUAUCACGUGUCACCGUACCUCCAGGAUGUUUUCAAUUUGUAGUUGAUAUGUGUUCGGCUGAUUUAAAUGCUGUUACACAUUUUCCCAUUAUAACAGCAGCAUUGGGUAUAUUGUUGGCUUUAUUUAAGGAGGAAAUGGAUAAUGAUAAGAAUCCAACUAAGGUCACCCGCAUAACCCGAGCCCUUUUAACUGAUCCUAGUUUUCAAUUUGCCAAUUUGGAGUUUGCUUUGGGUGAAAUAAAAACCCCGAUAUUACAACAAAGCGAAAUACCUAGAGGUAAUUUUGAUCCAUCGACUAGACCUCAUAUAGAUCCACUGACAAAUGAUGUAAGAGUUCCUCAACCUACUACCUCUACGAAAAGAAUACGAGCAGAUCCUCCCAUACUUAAGUUUACAUUAACAGAUUUUCCAACUCAUGUUACUGUCGAAGAAAUCGAACGUGUACGCCGCCUUAUUGAUAUGCUUAAGGCUAAACAAUCUUUACUUUCCGAUAUUACCUUGCCUUCCGAAGAUUCUCUUUGUCCGAUCUGUUGUGCCAAACCCAUAACUGUUGUUUUUAAUCCCUGCAAACAUCAGUCGUGCAACAAUUGUAUACUUCAACAUCUAAUGAAUUCGAAAGUUUGUUUCUAUUGCAAGACCCUAAUCAAAACUAUAGAGACCUCAGAUGGUACAAUUAUCUAUGAGAAUACCGAGUAUGUGCAGACGCCAUCAUUAUUUGAAGUUUAAUUUUCAUUUCAAAGAGUAAAAAAAAAUCAUCAUAAACUCGCAAUUAAACCCACCCACUCUUAAAUAACACAAAAAGUAAAUAAAUUAACUUUUUGUUGUUUACUCAUAUAUGCUAGUCAAAUAUACAUAUAUAUUACAAAAUUAUAUACUUAUAAGUAUAUUUUAUAGAUUUAUAUAUAAAGAAAAUUAAUUAUAUUUAAAAAAGCGAUAAAAACAAAAAAAAAAAAAAAAACAUAUUAAAUUUAAGUCAAAUUUUUACACUGCCUUUAGAUUUUGUUAUUUGGUAUUUUAAAAAGAAGAACAACAAAUUAUUUAUAAUGUAAAACCAACAAAUUGAAAAAUUCCAUAUUUUAAUUAAAAUUAAAUUGUUAAACUAUUUACUUAGUUUUAUAAUUUAUUUAAAACAGCUUUAGCCAUUUAAUACAAAAGCUAUUUGGAAUAUCAAAAUUUUUUAGCAAAAGCAUUUAUUUAGUUUGUAAAUACACUAAUUUUAUGUUUAACACUUUGGAAAACUUUUUAUCAUAACGCUCCACAAAGAUCUCUAAUCACAAAUUUUUUAGAUAUUAAAUGAAAAUAAUAUUUAUUUACACUAAAUCUACAGAUUUAUUAUAUUUAUUAAAAUUAUUAUUUUAUGCUUGUAAAGCUUUUUUCAAAAAACAAUGAAAUUUUUAAAAAAACGAAUAUGUUAUUAAAUUUGUAUUUAGAAAGAAAAAUAUUCAUUUUAAAAGAAAAAUUUUAAAUAAAAAGCAAAUCACUGCCAGUUGUAAUUGGAAGGAUAAAA